AUGGAGGCUGGGAGGCUGGAGCAGCAGGUGGCCAGUGUGGAGAGAGGCAUCGCCUUCCUGCAGCAGGAGCACCUGGCCAUGCUGACCGGCCUGCAGCUGGAGAUCACACACCUGAAGAGGCGCUGCCAUGAGCUGAGCUGUGAGCUGGACUCCAGGUUUCCUGACAGAAACACAGCAGAGGAGGAGGCGGAGCUGGCGGCACGUUGUGAGGCUGCGGAGCGUCUCCUGGACGACCAGCAGUGCAUGAUGGUUGCUGUGCGUGGCGAGCUGCGGGCUGGCCGGGCUCGGACAUCAGCGCUCGGUAAGAGCCUCAGGGACGAAGAGCGGCACUUCCUGGAGGAACUGAAACGCCGCAGCCACAAGAUCACGCUGCUGAGUCGUGAGCUGCAACGCCAAAACGUCACCACGACGACCCUCUGCCACGAGCUCCACACCGCACGCUUAAAACUGUUCCGUCAACGGCAGAGCGCCGAGUCUGCUGCGGAAGGAGGGGAGGAACCCAGAGGACAGCAUGGAGAAGGAGAAGAAGAAGAAGAAGAGGAGGACGAAGACGAUGAUGAUGAAGAUGAAGGGGAGGGCUCAGACUGGCUUCUGUCUCCGCCUCCUCCCGCCUCCCCCAGCCAACCAGAGGAGCGACACAGGAGGCGUGUCAAACUGAGGGAGGAGCGGGUCAGGGCGUGCGUCCCGCAGGAGAGAGUGACGUCACCGCAGCGGCCGCGCUCCAUGCCCGACCCCGCCCUCUUCUUGGUGCCACUUAGAUACCGCCUCCUGCGAUUGAACCGACCAAUCACAAUGCAUGGCGCGGAGGGGAUGGAGGACGAGUGGGAGGACAUCGAGGACAGCAGGGUGCACAGGAGGGUGGACAUGGGAGCAGGGGAGGGGGAAACCGCUCUGUGA